AUGCCGUACUAUUUACAUUUAAAGCCUACUGGAAAUGGUACAAAUUCGCUAUCUCUUAAUCAUCAUGAAUCUCAUUUUGAUGGUAAUGCAGAAUUCAUUGAGUCUGAAGUAGAUGUGAGUGAUGUUGAAUUUGAUGAUGAACACGAUGUGUCUUAUGAUCCAAAUGAUGAUUCCAACACAGAAUCUAUAUAUUCUGUUGACGAAACGGUCAAAUCUUUUAACUCACAAUCCGAGGAAAAUCAAGAUCAAUUCCAAAAAUCACAUAAUGAUAGUAAUGUACAACUUAAAAAUGACACAGGCACAGCGAAUACAUCAGCAAAGUCUUCGAGUCCAAACGUUUCUGCACUGGAUGACAGUAGUAUGUUGGUAUAUACCUCAAACAAAGGCUCAAAAAAAUAUUUCUGCAUUUAUUGUAAGAAGUUGAAGACAAAAAUGGCAAGACAUUUGGAAAUGGUGCAUAAAAAUGAAGACGAAGUCAAAAAGUUUACCGUUCUCCCAAAAAACAAUAAGGAAAGAAAAGCAAUAAUCGAAACAAUUGUUAAUAAAGGAUCUCAUAUGUACAAUACAUCAUCAGUAUAUAAUUCAAAUAAUGAACUUAUAGUUUCACGAAGACCUAACAUAAAAUUCGAAAAGAGCGCAAGUGAUUUUGGAGCCUGUAAAUCGUGCAAAGGUUUCUUUUCAAAAGGAAGUUUAAGACAUCAUGUCCAAAAAUGCACUGGAAUUAAUCACAAAAAUGAUCGCCAAGUGUUAGUUUUUUCUAGGAGAAUAAUCGGAAGAGUACAUGAAGAAUGUAAUCAUACCUUGGCUAAAUAUAUUUUUCCUCGUAUGAAGGAAGAUAAUGUCGUACGUAAGAUCAGAUACGACAGAUUAAUAGCAUUAUAUGGAAAUACUUUGUGCGAUAGAUAUAGGACGUCCGCUCACCAUCAACCUUUCAUUCGUAGUCAACUUCGUAUAAUAGGUCGAUUUUUGUUAGAAGUUGAUAAGUUAUUAAAUCGCUCAAUUUCGUUUGAAGAAGUUAUGGAUCCAGAGCAUUAUAGAGUAGUUGCUGUAGCAGUUGAAAAUGUUGCAGUUCUUACUGAAAAUAAAAAAUAUUAUAAAACGCCAUCAAAUGCUUCAAACUUGGGAACUAUCAUAAAAAAGGCAGCAGAUGUAUUGAUUGCCGAUUUUUCGGAAACUCAAAUGAAACAACAAAGAGAGAAACCUAUUGUACUUCCAUCAAAAUCUGAUAUUAAUAAAUUUAAUUUGUUCAUGAAAAGAAAGCAUGAAGCUGCUGUAAAAGCUCUCAAGAAUGAAUUUUCUUAUCACAACUGGCUCGAACUUAUUAAAACUAGUAUCAUAUUAAUCAUUACGUUUUGUAGAAGACGACCAGGAGAAAUCGAGAGAGCAACAAUUGCAGAAUAUCGAACUUAUGAUGCUUUAAAUAAAACUGUGAACAAGGACAUUUAUAACACGUUAUCUUCUCGAAAUAAAGAAAUUGCAGAAAGGUACGUUCGUUUCACAAUAAGAGGAAAAAAGAAUCGCCAAGUUCCAGUCAUUUUGAGUAACAUUGUAGUUGAGGGCAUCGAAUUAAUCUUAAAAUUUCGACAAACUGCAGGAGUUCCUACAAAUAAUGAGUACAUAUUUGGUUUACCGUCUAAAUCAAUAGGAGAUGUAAAGUAUAUUAGAGCUUGUGAAUUAAUGAGAAAAUACACUUCGGAAUCGGGAAUUUCUAAACCAAAAUCUUUAAGAGCGACGAAAUUAAGAAAACAGGCAGCGACAGAGGCAGUUGCUCAAGAGUUAUCCGAUAACAGUAUUUCGAUGUUAGCUGAAUUUUUAGGACACUCAGAGAAAGUUCAUAAAGACCACUAUCGACAGCCAGUCAUUGUUAGAGAUGUAGUACAAAUGGCAUCUUUUUUUGAAGAAGCAAUGAAAGUCGAUGAUUAUAGCGAUUCUGAGUUAGAUUCCGAAGGUAACUCAGACGACUCAGACAUUAACGAUGUACCAAACAGUAACAAUGCUCAACUAGAAGCAACCUCAAACAACGAUUUUGAUAAAAAUAUUGGAAACAACUCUGAAAAUGAAUCCUCAUCUGAUGGUAUGUGA